AUGCUCCCUGCUACCUCGGUGGCCGUGCGCAACGGCCACCGCCAAGCCGCCCGGUCUCUCCUCACGUCUUCGAACCCAUUCCUGGCCUCCCCACGCCAAACACCCUCCCGAUUCACAUCCACCAAAUUCCGGGCGACUCCCAGCUGGCAAGGGCGAGGUUUCGCUACUACGACAAACCCCAACCCUCCCUUAGGGAAAAAGAAUGCGUCGAACGAUGUUCCGUCCCGCAUCGCUCUCAUUGGAGCUCGAGGGUACACUGGCCAGGCUCUGAUCGACCUUCUCAAUAACCACCCCUACAUGGACCUUCGCCAUGUGUCAUCACGCGAGCUGGCAGGACAAGAGCUCAAGGGCUACGACAAGCGCAAGAUCAUAUACGAAAACCUGAGUCCCGAAGACGCGAUCGAGUUAGACAAAUCUGGCAAGGUAGACGGAUGGGUUCUGGCACUUCCCAACGGCGUGGCCAAGCCCUUUGUUGAGGUCUUUGACAAUGCCAAGUCGAAGAGCGUUAUUGUCGAUCUCUCCGCCGACUACCGAUUCGAUGACUCGUGGACGUACGCCUUACCGGAGCUCACCAAGCGAUCUGCGAUCUGCCAGGCUACUCGGAUCUCGAACCCUGGCUGUUAUGCGACGGGCGCCCAGCUCACCCUGGCCCCCAUGCUUGAGCACCUGGGAGGUGAACCCUGUAUAUUUGGUGUGUCGGGGUACUCUGGCGCAGGCACUCGACCUAGCCCGAACAACGAUCUUAACAGACUGAAGGACAACUUGGUGGCAUAUUCGCUGACAGGACAUAUUCACGAGCGAGAAAUUAGUCGGCAUCUUGGCACUCCCGUGGCUUUUAUGCCACAUGUUGCUUCCUGGUUCAGAGGCAUUCAUCUCACCGUCAACAUUCCCCUGAAUAAAACCAUGACCUCGCGCGACAUUCGCCACAUCUACCAGGACCGAUAUGCUGGCGAGAAGCUCGUCAAGGUUGUCGGUGAGGCUCCUCUUGUAAGGAGUAUUUCCGGGCUACAUGGUGUCGAGAUCGGGGGAUUUGCUGUCGAUAGUACCGGCAAGAGGGUGGUUGUUUGCAGCACGAUAGACAACUUGAACAAGGGGGCCAGCACUCAGUGCCUACAAAAUUUGAAUCUCGCACUUGGAUACGCGGAGUACGAGGGUAUUCCUACCAUGUAA